GUCCGGUUUGUGGAGUCCCGGGUGGAGACGUGGAAGUUGUUUGUGGAAAGGACAUGGCGGGGAAGGUACCGAACGGGGCUCAGUCCGGGCAGCCCGGUAACAACCUUCUCUUCUCCGCCUCUGAAAUCAGUUUCUCUCUUCCCUUUAUGCCUGUCAGUCAGCAGCAGCAGCAACAACAACAACAACAACACGGCCCUGCUCUAACGACUGAUGAUGUCUCGGAGGUGGGAGAAGAUGACAGUUUUCUAGGACAGACGUCCGCUGCUACAAAUCCACCCCAAACAUUUCGUUAUUUUUCCCAGGGGUCGGGCAGUAGCCACGAUCCAUUUGCCGCUAUUGUGCAGCCAUCUUUAACCGCAGCAGCAUCGCCAUCUGGUUCUUCAGUUUCCUUCAAUCCUCCCUCCUCUGUGCUGCCGACAUUCACACAUGAGUUUGGACAAAAUCUGAUCCCACCGAAGACUGCGAAACCCCCGGUCACAAGCAAUGCUCCGGUAUCCCAGGUUACUACUGGUGGGUUUCUAGCAACGUCACAGCAAGGACCUCCUCCUGGCGCCUACGCUGCUCCGCCCACUAGCUCCUCCCAGGCGGGAUACAACCCCUACCGUCAAAAUAUUCAAAGCAGUCGGGUUAAUCCUUAUUUGGCUCCUUCACAAUUUCAGCAGGAGCAACGAUUGGGCCUCUCUAUCCAAAAUUCUCCAUUCCCACCUCAACCUCCACCGCCCCCUAGAUCUGCACCCAACGUCCCUCCCCCUCCUCCAUCACAGACCUUUCCGAAUGUCAGACCUGCAGGACCAUCAGUACCAGUACCCCCACCCUACCUGCCGAACCUGUACGAGCCCGUUCAGCCUCACUGGUUUUACUGCAAGCAAGUGGAGGGCAAGGAGGUCUGGCUGCCAUUCAGCACUCGCGAUUCCCUUACAUUAGAGGACGUCUAUAACUCUGUGCAGCCGGACCCCGAGAGUGUGGUGGUGAACACAGAUGGGGGGCGCUAUGAUGUCUAUCUGUACAAUCGGGAGAGGAAGGCGGUAUUUUGGGAGGAGGAGGAGUCAGAAGUCCGGCGCUGCUCUUGGUUUUACAAAGGAGACUCAGACAGCAAGUUUGUUCCUUACAGUGAGGAUUUCAGCGAGCUCCUGGAGGCAGAAUACAAGAAAGCGGUGACCACCAACCAGUGGCAUCGGAGACUGGAAUUUCCCGGAGGGGAAACAAUUGUUAUGCACAACCCCAAAGUGAUUGUCCAGUUCCAGCAAUCUCUGAUCCCAGAUGAAUGGGGGUCCCCGCAAGACGGGCAGUCAAGACCUCGAGUCGUAAAGCGAGGCAUUGAUGCUGAACUGGAUGAAAUUCCUCAUGGUGAAGUGCCGCAGGCAGAUCAUCUGGUCUUUAUGGUUCACGGCAUUGGGCCAGUGUGUGACUUGCGCUUCAGGAGCAUCGUGGAGUGCGUGGAUGACUUCAGGACUGUGUCCCUCAAACUGCUGCAGACUCACUACAGAAAGUCCCUGGAAGAGGGCAGAGUGGGUCGGGUGGAGUUCCUGCCAGUCCAUUGGCACAGCUCUCUCCAUGGAGAUGCUACAGGUGUGGAUAGGCGGAUAAAGACGAUCACCUUGCCCAGCAUUGGCCGCCUGCGUCACUUUACCAAUGAGACCCUACUGGAUAUUCUCUUCUAUAACAGCCCCACCUACUGCCAGACCAUCGUGGACAAAGUCAAUAUGGAGAUGAACCGCCUCUUUGCUCUGUUCAUGAGUCGCAAUCCACAUUUCACUGGCGGAGUGUCUGUGGCUGGUCACAGCCUAGGGUCAUUGGUUCUGUUCGACAUUCUUUCUAACCAGACUGAUCCAACCGCUGCCCCUCUUGUGCCAGUACAGCCCUCUAAAGCCAACGGACCUUUAAAAAGUAAAGCAACGGAUGAGAAAACAGUCAGCGGAGCAGGGGCCCCGGUCCCACUACAAGCCGUGGAGGAGCCCAGUGAUUCGGAGCAGCAGAAACCAUUGCCGAGCCUGCGGGAAGCCCUUGAAUCGCUCAGCCUGGCAGAAUACAGCAGUGUGUUUGAGAAAGAACAGAUUGACAUGGAGUCCCUGCUCAUGUGUACGGUGGAUGACCUGAAAGAGAUGGGAAUCCCUCUGGGUCCUAGGAAGAAGAUUGCCAAGUUUGUUCAGACAAAGAGAAAAGCAGCAGAAGAAGAGAAGGCUGCACAAAUCAAAGCCAAAGAAGAAUUGGCUGCUGCCCAACAAGAGGCCACUGCAAAACCUCCCCUCUCUGAAGAUUGCGCCGCCCUGGAGUCCAACAAGAGAAAGUUGCCUGUUGGGGUGUCCGUCUCCUCUUUGCCUGUGGAUUAUGAAUACUUUGAAACUGGCACAGGACAGGUCUGUGUGAAGUACAACUCAUUGGACUUUGAGCCAGUCAAUUUCUUUGCCCUGGGUUCUCCCAUUGGCAUGUUCCUGACUGUACGGGGCUUGGAGAAGAUUGAGGAAACCUACAGGCUGCCUACGUGCAAAGGCUUCUUCAAUAUCUACCACCCGCUGGACCCUGUGGCCUACAGAUUAGAACCUAUGAUCAUUCCUGACAUUGACCUGAAACCAGUGCUGAUUCCUCACCACAAAGGCAGAAAGAGAUUGCAUCUGGAACUGAAGGAGAGUCUGACCCGCAUGGGCUCUGACCUGAAACACGGCUUCAUCAGUUCCCUACGCAGCGCCUGGCAGACCCUGAACGACUUUGCCCGCGCCCACACGUCCUCGGCACAACUGCAGUUAGAGCUAAAGAGAGUCGCGGAGCAGAUUGAGGAAGAGGAGAAACAGCAGCAGGUGGAAGCUGAAAAGAUGGAGAGUCCAGAAGGCUCCCGGGAGGAGGAGGUGACGGUGAAAAUCGGGAGGCUGAAUGGAGGCCGUCGGAUCGACUACGUUCUGCAAGAGAAGCCCAUUGAGAGCUUUAAUGAGUAUCUGUUUGCUCUACAGAGUCACCUGUGUUACUGGGAGUCCGAGGACACGGCUCUGCUAAUCCUGAAAGAAAUCUACACGUGUGUGAAUGUGACCCCUGAGCAGCCGCUCCACUAGUGAACCUGCUCUCCUCUUCAUACAAGGUCCCUUGAGCCCGGAGGGCAACCUGUAGCCAAAAGACAUUGAUUGAGACAAUGAAAAAACCCAGUGGCCUUUGCACAGAAGGAUGAGCCGCUGGAAUCCAACCAUCGCAAUGUGAGAAGUAAUUUUAUAUGAAGCCUCCUAUAUCUAUUGAUCCGACCCUCGGAGACAUCGAGUGGAUUUUAUCGGUGCUGUGACUCCGCUUGCCGAGUUUAACCCUUUAUUUGGAACUUCUCUAUUUGUAAAAUGAAUUUUCUUUGCUGAGGUCUGAGCCCAAUCGGCUUGUGGAUAGGGAAUCGCCAUCCUUUUAGCAUCUCUGAUUAAUAGCAAGCGAACAACCAGGUUUCAUUGUUUAUUAUGGGGUGUCGGAGGUCAGAUUGCCCCCAUAUGAAAUAAUGACAGUGAUUUCUGCCCCCCCACUACAAGUCACCAGUGCGGCUUUGGAUUUUACAUUCCCAGAUAAAAAGACGGUUAGAAAAAAAAACGAUAAAGAUUACAGCUGCAGAAAAAAGACGGUUUACCAGGUUUUUGCUCCAUUGAGGUUUUCAGUAAUUUAAUUUUUGAAAGAAUUCUGUUGAAUUAAAGUGUUUUAAUGUUUUAAAUGUA